AUGCUAUCAAUUAUAGCCAAAUUAUUCGAUCCUUUGGGUUGGAUCUCACCAUGCAACAUCACUGCAAAGCUUAUGAUGCAGCGUUUAUGGGAGCUUCGCUGCGACUGGGACGAUCCAAUUCCAGCUGCUUUGAAGAAAGAUUGGGAUGCUUUUCUCCGAGAACUCCAUCUGAUCGAACGGCUGCGGAUUCCAAGAUGGAUCCAGUUGAGCAAGACGAAUAAGGCGAUCGAGCUACAUGGAUUUUGCGAUGCUUCUAUGAAGGCUUACGGUGCAGCAGUGUACGUACGAGUCCUGGAUAGUAAAGACAAAAUUCAUGUCAAUCUUCUUUUGUCAAAGAAUAAGGUAGCUCCAAAUCAACGUACAAUAACUCUACCUCGUCUUGAGCUUUGUGGCGCAGUAGUGUUGGCAGAGUUGUUACAAUACACCAAGGAAGUGCUAGCAAUUCCAAAUGUGAAGACGUACGCAUGGACAGAUUCCACAAUUGCACUUGCCUGGAUACGUGCCACUCCCGCCAAAUGGACCACAUUCGUAUCCAACCGUGUGUCGGAAACCCAGCGGUUAGUGGGGAUCGAUUGCUGGGGACAUGUCGGAACGCUUCAUAACCCAGCCGAUCUGGCGUCCAGGGGUGUAUAUCCAUCGGAACUGGAGUCACUUACGUCGUGGUGGAAUGGUCCAGAGUUUCUGCGAAAAAAAUGGGUAUUCGAUCUUCCAGAUCAACCCACCGAAAUAGACGUUGUAGAAGAACAACGCACAAUAAAGGCAUUCACUAUACAUGCGAAAAAAAGUGAUAGCAUAUUACAGACUAUCUACAACUUUUCGAGUCUUCUCAAGUUUAUAAGAAUUAUCGCCACCUGUUAUCGUUUCAUAACAAGAUGUCGACCCAAGUUGGGACCUAAUACAGGAUCACUUAAACCAAGAGUUGGAAAUUGUCCUCCUAUUCAUCGUCAAAGCAGCACAAAAGGAAAUGUUUGA